AUGUUUGAGGACGACCCUUUCAAGGACCCCCCGCAAAGGGCCCACACUACCGGCACCUACGCCGCCGACGACUCCUCGGACGACGACCAGCUGGCCUUUGUUGGCUUCGCCCCGCUGGAGCUGCCCCAUCGCCCCCGCCACCAAACACCGCUGUCCCUGCCCCAACGACUGCCUCAGCGGCUGCCCCAGAGACUGCCGCGCCAGCUGCCCAACAUCUUCGCCCGGCUGUCGCGUCUUUCGAGGCCGCCGGUGCAAUUACUGCUGGCGCCGUCGUUGCCGCCCCAGGCUCCGCCGGCGCCGGUGCUGCCCCGGAAAUUGUUUACUGCGAGAGAACUGCCGUUGCGGGACUCGGUGGUGCUGGUAGACAGCCACCAUCUCGCUUCUAGCCCCCCCGAACUGCCUACCCGCCACCUGAGCCGGCUGGUGGUUCUGGACCAUUCCCAGACGACACUGAGACUUUUGGAACCGCCCCAGCCGAUCUUCAGUCCCGAAACAUACUCGAUCGCCGCUCUGGAUGAUGUUCUGACCAAAAGAGAGCUGGUAGACUACGGCUACGACGCCUACCAGAAGGAGUACGCCCAGCUGACCUACUCCGACGAAGCGAGCACGGUGUACGACGACGACCACCACAGCACCCACCCGGAACUGCUGUACUUCGGCGANCCACAGCACCCACCCGGAACUGCUGUACUUCGGCGACUCGCUCGACGGCAAGUUCAUGGAGGGGCUCGCCAACUACGUCCCCGGCCCCCACCCCCAGCCCACACACAAGCGGAAGGUGCGCCUCGUCAACAAGACGGGUAA